AUGGCCUCCCCGCCAAUCGACGCUCCCUCCCAUUACCCGGCCUCCCAGACUGCCCUCCUCCUCCUCGACUUCCACAGCAUGUUCGUGGAGAACCUCGCAGACGGCAAAGGCCAAAACGCUCUUUCAAUCGCAGCCUCGACCAAAGUAUGGGCAAAGUCAAAGAACAUUGAAAUCAUCCACUGCCUCAUCGACGCAGAUCAAACGCCGUACCCAACUUGCAAGAACGUCCAGCGCUUCGCCUCCAUCAUCAGCUCCUUCAAGUCCGGCGGUAAGGAAGAGCCAGCCGCGCUGCGCGAGGAUGCUGGCGACGAAAAGACGUUUCUCCGGCGCGGGGGUUACGUGUCCGCGCUCAAGUCACCGGGGCUGGCGGCGUAUCUGCGGGAGAAGGGCAUUGUAAGUUUGGUGCUGGCGGGGCUGAGUACGUCGGGGUGCGUGUUGAGGACUGCGGCUGCGGCGUGCGACGAUGAGUUCGUGGUCACGGUGCUGGAGGACGGGUGCGCGGAUAACGAUCAAGAUGUACACGACGCGCUAAUCAGGAAGGUGCUGCCGGGGCGGGGAUAUGUGUACACGGCGGAGGCAUUCCGGGAGGGCUGGGAGAACGGGACGCUGGGCUUGUGA